CCGCGAGAGAAAAUGGCGGCGGCGGCGGCGGGCGAUCGCGCGUCGUCGUCGUCGUCGUCGUCGUCGUCGUCGGGAUUCCCGGGCGCCGCGGCGGCGAGCCCCGAGGCGGGCGGCGGCGGCGGCGGCAGCGGCGGCGGCGGCGGAGCUCUCCAGGGAAGCGGCGCGCCCGCGGCGGGCGCGGGGCUGCUGCGGGAGACGGGCAGCGCGGGCCGCGAGCGCGCGGACUGGCGGCGGCGGCAGCUGCGCAAAGUGCGGAGUGUGGAGCUGGACCAGCUGCCCGAGCCGCCGCUCUUCCUCACCGCCUCGCCGCCCUGCCCAUCCGCUUCCCCGUCGCCGGAGCCCGCGGACGCGGCUGCAGGGACGAGCGGCUUCCAGCCCGCGGCGGGAUCGUCGCCCCCCGGAGCGGCGAGUCGCUGCGGCGCCCACCCUGCCGAGCUGGCGGCCGCGCGGGACAGCGGCGCCCGGAGCCCCGCCGGGACCGAGCCUCCCGCUGCAGCGGCCCCCUCCGGUCGAGAGAUGGAGACUAAAGAAACCCUCAAAGGAUUGCACAAGAUGGACGACCGCCCGGAGGAGCGGAUGAUCAGGGAGAAACUGAAGGCCACCUGUAUGCCCGCCUGGAAGCAUGAGUGGCUGGAAAGGAGAAGCCGGAGAGGUCCUGUGGUGGUAAAACCAAUCCCUAUUAAAGGAGAUGGAUCUGGAGUGAGUAACGUGGCAGCUGAGCCUCAAGAAGGCCAAGUGAGCUCGGCUUCACCAGCCCCUAAAGGCCGCCGCAGCCCGUCUCCUGGGAGCUCCCCGGCAGGGCGCUCAGCGAAACCGGAAUCCCCAGGAGUGAGGCGGAAGCGAGUCUCCCCAGUGCCUUUUCAGAGCGGCAGAACCACACCACCCCGGAGAGCCCCGUCACCAGAUGGCUUCUCCCCAUAUAGCCCGGAGGAGACGAGCCGCCGUGUGAACAAAGUGAUGAGGGCCAGGCUGUACCUCCUGCAGCAGAUAGGACCCAACUCCUUCCUGAUUGGAGGAGACAGUCCGGACAACAAGUACCGGGUGUUCAUUGGGCCACAGAACUGCAGCUGUGGGCGUGGAACAUUCUGUAUUCACCUGCUGUUUGUCAUGCUCCGAGUGUUCCAGCUGGAGCCCUCUGACCCCAUGUUAUGGAGAAAAACGUUAAAGAAUUUUGAGGUUGAGAGUUUGUUCCAGAAAUAUCACAGUAGGCGUAGCUCAAGAAUCAAAGCUCCAUCUCGUAACACCAUCCAGAAGUUUGUCUCACGCAUGUCAAAUUCUCAUACACUGUCAUCAUCUAGCACGUCUACAUCUAGUUCAGAAAACAGCAUAAAGGACGAAGAGGAGCAGAUGUGUCCCAUCUGCUUGUUGGGCAUGCUGGAUGAGGAGAGCCUGACUGUGUGUGAAGACGGCUGCAGGAACAAGCUGCACCACCACUGCAUGUCCAUCUGGGCAGAAGAAUGUAGAAGAAAUAGAGAGCCUUUAAUAUGCCCCCUUUGUAGAUCUAAAUGGAGAUCCCAUGACUUCUACAGCCACGAGUUGUCGAGCCCAGUGGAUCCCCCUGCCUCUCUGCGACCUGUUCCAGUCUCCUCCCCUCAGCAGCCUGUGGCUGGGUCACAGAGAAGGACCCAAGAGGGCAGUUUUAACCUGACUCACUACGGAACCCAGCAGAUCCCUCCCGCUUACAAAGAUUUGGCUGAGCCGUGGAUUCAGGUGUUUGGAAUGGAACUCGUUGGCUGCUUAUUCUCUAGAAACUGGAAUGUAAGAGAGAUGGCCCUCAGGCGUCUCUCCCACGAUGUUAGUGGGGCCCUGCUGUUGGCAAAUGGGGAGAGCACUGGAAACUCUGGGAGCGGCAAUGGAGGCAGCUUGAGUGGCGGAGCGGCCAGCGGGUCUGCCCAGACCAGCAUCUCCGGGGACGUGGUGGAGGCGUGCUGCAGCGUGCUGUCCAUAGUCUGCGCCGACCCUGUCUACAAAGUGUACGUUGCUGCUUUAAAAACACUGAGAGCCAUGCUGGUGUAUACACCUUGCCAUAGUUUGGCAGAAAGAAUCAAACUUCAGAGACUUCUCCGGCCAGUCGUAGACACCAUCCUAGUCAAGUGUGCAGAUGCCAAUAGCCGCACGAGUCAGCUGUCCAUAUCAACGCUGCUGGAGCUGUGCAAGGGCCAAGCAGGAGAGUUGGCAGUGGGUAGAGAGAUACUGAAAGCUGGGUCCAUUGGUAUUGGUGGUGUUGAUUAUGUCUUAAGCUGUAUUCUUGGAAGCCAGGCUGAAUCAAACAGCUGGCAGGAACUCCUGGGCCGCCUGUGUCUUAUAGACAGAUUGCUGUUGGAAUUUCCUGCUGAAUUUUAUCCUCACAUCGUCAGCACUGACGUCUCCCAAGCUGAGCCUGUUGAAAUCAGGUAUAAGAAGCUGCUGUCCCUCCUGACCUUCACUUUGCAGUCCAUUGAUAAUUCCCACUCCAUGGUUGGCAAGCUCUCUCGAAGGAUCUAUCUGAGUUCUGCAAGAAUGGUGACGUCGGUGCCUGCUGUGUUUUCCAAGCUGGUGACAAUGCUGACUGCCUCCAGUUCCACGCACUUCACCAGGAUGCGCCGGCGUUUGUUGGCGAUUGCAGAUGAGGUAGAAAUCGCUGAGGUCCUCCAGAUGGGCGUGGAAGACACUUUGGACGGGCAACAGGACAGCUUCUUGCAGCCCUUGGGCCCGACCAGCUCUCCAGAGAACAGUUCCCUUGAGCACACAGUCCAUUUCGAGAAAACUGGAAAAGGAUUAUGUGCUGCGAGACUGAGCGCCAGCUCAGAGGACAUUUCCGACAGACUGGCCGGCAUUUCCGUAGGACUUCCCAGUUCAGCAACACCAGAACAGCCAAAGCCAGUGGUUCAAACAAAAGGCAGACCCCACAGUCAGUGUUUGAACUCCUCCCCCUUGUCUCCUUCCCAGAUGUUUCCAGCAGUGUCGACCCCUUGUUCCUCUGCCCCAUCUGUCCCAGCUGGCUCUGUAACAGAUGUUGCUAAGCAUAGACCUCAGGCAUUCGUUCCCUGCAAAAUACCUUCCGCAUCUCCUCAAACCCAGCGCAAGUUUUCUCUACAAUUCCAGAGGAACUGCUCUGAGAACAGGGACCCAGAUAAACUCUCCCCAGUCUUUACUCAGUCAAGACCCCCACCCUCCAGCAACAUACACAGGCCAAAGCCAUCUCGACCCACCCCAGGUAGUGCAAGCAGACUGGGGGAUGCCUCCCAAAAGAGCAUGACACUCGAUCUGAACGCCGCCGCUUCCAGAUGUGAUGACAGUUUCAGCUGCAGCAGCAGUGGGAACGCCAUUAUACCCAGCGACGAGACAGUAUUCACCCCCGUGGAGGACAAGUGCAGGUUAGAUGUUAACACGGAGCUCAACUCCAGUAUCGAGGACCUUCUGGAAGCAUCAAUGCCUUCAAGUGACACAACGGUCACUUUUAAGUCGGAAGUUGCGGUCCUCUCUCCCGAAAAGGCUGAAAAUGAUGAUACCUACAAAGAUGAUGUCAGUCACAAUCAGAAGUGCAAGGAAAAGAUGGAAGCUGAAGAAGAGGAAGCUUUAGCCAUUGCCAUGGCAAUGUCAGCUUCUCAAGAUGCCCUCCCCGUAGUUCCUCAGCUGCAGGUGGAAAAUGGAGAAGACAUUAUCAUCAUCCAGCAGGACACACCAGAGACUCUACCAGGACAUACCAAAGCAAAGCAACCUUACAGAGAAGACACUGAGUGGCUGAAAGGUCAGCAGAUAGGCCUUGGAGCAUUUUCUUCUUGUUACCAAGCACAAGAUGUGGGGACUGGAACCUUAAUGGCUGUUAAACAGGUGACGUACAUCAGAAACACGUCUUCUGAGCAGGAAGAGGUGGUUGAAGCCUUAAGGGAGGAGAUCAGAAUGAUGAGCCAUCUGAACCAUCCGAACAUCAUCAGGAUGUUGGGCGCCACGUGUGAGAAGAGCAAUUACAACCUCUUCAUUGAGUGGAUGGCAGGAGGGUCUGUGGCUCAUCUCUUGAGUAAAUAUGGAGCUUUUAAGGAGUCAGUAGUCAUUAACUACACUGAGCAGUUACUCCGUGGCCUUUCAUAUCUCCAUGAAAACCAGAUCAUUCACAGAGAUGUCAAAGGUGCCAAUCUGCUCAUUGACAGCACAGGUCAGAGGCUGAGGAUUGCAGAUUUUGGAGCUGCCGCCAGGUUGGCAUCAAAAGGAACCGGUGCAGGGGAGUUUCAGGGACAGUUGCUGGGGACAAUUGCAUUUAUGGCACCAGAGGUGCUCAGAGGCCAGCAGUACGGCAGGAGCUGUGAUGUUUGGAGCGUCGGCUGCGCGAUCAUAGAAAUGGCCUGUGCAAAACCUCCUUGGAAUGCCGAGAAACACUCCAAUCACCUUGCUUUGAUAUUUAAGAUUGCUAGUGCGACCACUGCGCCAUCCAUCCCAUCCCAUCUGUCCCCUGGCCUGCGCGAUGUGGCCCUGCGCUGUCUAGAACUUCAGCCUCAGGACAGACCCCCCUCCCGGGAGCUCCUGAAGCAUCCUGUCUUCCGGACGACGUGGUAGUUAACCGUUCAGACCAGCUCCAAUGGAGACAGGAUGUGCAGCAAGGAGAGGAUAAAAAGAACUUGUGGGCGACCACGCUGAUAACCUCCUGGCCCUCAUACCACUGAACAGCUAGAAAUGAGGCCGGUGGGGAACCCUUACCUAAGUAUGUGAUUGACAAAUCAUGAUCUGUACCUAAGCUCAAUAUGCAAAAGUCCACAACUUGUGUCGAAACUGUAAACCGUGCCUUUCAAAGGACUGGCUCUAGGUGAACAGGAAAGCGAUGGGGUUUGCAUGAUUAAGUAACAGAAGAUAAAUUUAUUUUUGGAGCACUUUUUCAGCAAUAUUAGCAGCUGAGGGCUCAGGAUCUGUUUUAAUGUGUCACCUCCUUCCAUUUCAUCUAGCAAUCACAGCAGGGGGUCUACACUUCCCUUUGGGGUUUUUGUCACUGGCUAUAAAACAAAUCAGUGUCUGCCUCUUUUAGGUCAAGAGUAUGCUGAGUAGCAGAAAAUACAUGUGUUUUUAAAAGUUAAUAACUUCUUUAUGACCCACAC